AUGUCCUCCUCCAAUGACCAAGUCGCGACUUUCAAGCUUGUUCUCGUCGGCGAUGGCGGAACUGGAAAGACGACCUUUGUCAAACGCCACUUGACGGGCGAGUUCGAAAAGAAGUACAUCGCUACCCUUGGUGUCGAGGUCCACCCUCUUGCCUUCUCCACCAACUUCGGCACGGUCUGUUUCAACGUCUGGGACACAGCUGGCCAAGAGAAGUUUGGUGGUCUGCGAGAUGGUUACUACAUCCAAGGCCAAUGUGGUAUCAUCAUGUUCGACGUUACAGCCCGCAUCACCUACAAGAACGUCCCCAACUGGCAUCGUGAUCUCGAGCGCGUCUGCGAAAACAUUCCCAUCGUCCUUUGCGGCAACAAAGUUGAUGUCAAGGAGCGGAAAGUGAAGACUAGUGCCGUGACCUUCCAUCGCAAGAAAAACUUGCAAUACUUCGAGAUUUCCGCGAAGUCCAACUACAACUUUGAGAAACCUUUCCUCUGGCUCGGGCGUAAGCUCGUUGGAAACCCUUCACUCGAAUUUGUCGCCGCACCGGCUCUGGCUCCCGCUGAAGUUGCUGUUGAUGCUGCAUUGAUGGAACUUUACAACCAGCAACUGAAAGAGGCGCGUUCUGAAUUGUUUGUUUCGGUCUUUCCCGCUGAUAGGAAUGUUUGUAGGCUGAAGCAGUUCCUCUUCCGGAGGAAGACGACGACCUUUAAUGAUUCACACACAUCCUCUCCUCACACAUUUCCUGCUCUUCCUCCAUGUAGUUUUGAAUGGAUCCGCUAG